AUGCGGCUGUCUUUGACUCAAACCUGCUCCUGGGCACUCCUGCUGCCACUAUUGUCAAGCAUGCUUCUGUGGAAGAAUGUGGCCUCUCUGCCCAUGUGUGAAGUAAUAAAUGGGCAUUGCCAGCUGACUCUUGAGUACUUGCUUAAUCAGGCACGUGGCGUAUCUGAAGAUAUCAACCGCCUCACCUUGGAAAUGUUCAAUGAGUUUGACAAAGAAUAUUACUCAGAUCCCAAGGUCAACAAAAUCCCCCUGCACCUGCUGUGCCACAAUUACUCCUUCCCUUCUCCAGAUAACACAACAGAAGGCCAAGAGAUUCAGCCUGAGGUUCUUCUGAAAGUGACCAUAGGCAUGCUGGUUGGCUGGAACAAUACGCUGGAGCAUGUAAUAAUAGAUCUUGCUGAUCUGGAGUCAGUCCCUGGUGUUGGUGCUUUCAUAUCUAAAAUCAGAAAGAUAAUUGAAAAUUCCACAAAACUCACAAAACUCCUAGAGGAUGUUAAGUCAUUACUUAAUCUGGUUCGCCUUGAAUUUGAGGAAGAUGAGGACUACCCUGCCUCAGCUGGAUUGCCAUCUUCACAUCUGUUAAAAGAGUCCUCUCGCCUUCGUUUCUAUCAUAUCCUCCUUGGCUGCCUGAAGUACAAUGCAGAAAAGAUUGACACUCAUGUCAAGAUCCUGAGAUGUCAAAUGGUCCCCAGAAAAUGUUAA